CACCGAUCAACGGAAAGAGCCGAAGAUGUCGGCUCGGUCAAUCACAGCUAAUCGCAUGGCACUGAUGAUCAGUGUAGCCCCAGCAGUGCCACCUCAAUGCCACAUUGUCCAUCAAUGCCACCUGCCAGUGCCCAUCAGUGCCACAUCAAUGCCACAUAUCAGUGACUACCAGUGCAACAUCAAUGCCACAUAUCAGUGCCCAUCUGAGCUGCCUUUCAGUUUUCACCUAUCAGUGCCAGUCAGUGCCGCCUAUCAGUUCCGCCAAUCAGUGCUCCCUAUCAGUGCCAGUCAG